AUGGGGAUUCAAGUUUUUGUUCACCCGGCUGAGGAGGACAUUUUCUCCGAAUCAGUGGCUACAAUGGCUCAACCAGGCGGUCAAACCGAUAUCUUUCCAUUUAUGACAGCCUACACACGAUUGAAUGGUCGAUACGGUACUUGUGUGAGUGAAGCAAAUGAGGUCAAACAGUACUUCUACACCGGCGCCUAUGCCACUGAUGGCUGCCUUCAAUCGUGCUAUCAACAAGCUUGUGAGAACAUUUGUGGCUGUAUGGAUCCUCGAUAUCCGAUGGCUGAGAAUGCGGCUGCUUGCAGUUUAUCACAAAGAACUUGUGUCGACGAUGUGACGACAAAUCUCGGUGAUCCGUCCUCAUGGGACAAUUGCACUUGUCCAAAUGCUUGUGCUGAAAGAGAAUAUGAUGUCGCAUGGACAAGAACAGUUUAUUCACAAAGGAAAGCAGAGAUACCGUAUUCACCUGGAACAGCGACACUU